AAAUCCCAAUGAUUGAACAGUUUUGUUCGAUCGGCUAGGCUAGGCGGUCGAGAUGCGUCUACUCAUUGCCUUGCUCUUGGUGGGCCUGGCUGUCUUCGGCACUGCGAGCUUUGAUAUACGAGAACCGGACCAAAAGGAUUGGUAUCAACAUGCGACCUUUUACCAGAUCUAUCCCCGCUCGUUCAAGGACAGUGACGGUGACGGGAUCGGUGAUCUGCCGGGGAUCACCUCGAAAAUGAGCUAUUUGGCCGAUAUUGGGAUUGAUGCUACAUGGUUGAGUCCACCGUUCAAAUCGCCUCUGAGGGAUUUCGGUUAUGACGUGUCUGAUUUCUAUGAUAUUCAGCCGGAGUACGGAACUCUGGAGAAUUUCGACGAGUUGGUGGAGGAGGCACACAAAAAUGGAAUCAAGCUUAUGUUGGAUUUCAUUCCGAAUCAUUCAAGUGACGAGCAUGAGUGGUUUGUGAAAUCUGCACAGAAGGAUGAGACAUACAAGGAUUUCUACGUUUGGCAUCCCGGUAAGCAGAACAUCGAAACGGGGAAUCUUGAUCCCCCGAACAACUGGAUAUCUGUGUUUGGUGGACCAGCGUGGUCGUAUCAUGAAGGCCGUAAGGAGUUCUACUUGCAUCAGUUUACGGAUAAGCAACCGGAUCUGAACUAUCGGAAUCCGGCGGUGCUGGCUGAGAUGACAGAUAUGUUGUUCUUCUGGUUGGAUCGUGGAGUCGACGGGUUCCGUCUGGAUGCCAUAAACCAUAUGUUUGAGGAUCCGGAGCUGCGGGAUGAACCUCCAUCGGGAUGGGGUGAUGCUGGGAGCUAUGACUCCCUUGAUCACAUCUACACGAAGGACGUCGCGGAUGUUUACAAUGUUGUGUACGGUUGGCGAGAUUUGAUGGAUGCUUACUCGAAGGAACAUGGCCGAACCAUCAUCCUGAUGACCGAAGCGUAUUCCAGCAUCGAAGGUACAAUGCUGUAUUAUGAAAGUGCCGACCGUACACGGAAGGGGGCGCAUAUGCCGUUCAACUUCCAGUUGAUCUACGACUUCAAGGAGGAACAGAAUUCCGUAGGAUUGAAGCAAUCGAUCGAUUGGUGGAUGAACCACAUGCCCGCUAGACAUACUCCUAGCUGGGUUAGCGGAUCCCAUGACCAUUCACGGUUCGCUUCUAGGGUUGGCGAAAACCGUGUGGAGCAAAUGAUGACUCUACUGCAUACCUUGCCGGGUACUAGUAUCACGUAUUACGGUGAAGAAAUUGGUAUGCUGGAUUACAAGGAAGCCCAAACGUACGAUGGCCGUGAUCCGAACCGUACUCCGAUGCAGUGGGAUGCAACAACUAGUGCAGGGUUCAGUACCAAUUCAACCACGUGGUUAAAGGUACACCCGAGGUACGCCAGCCUUAACGUAGAUUUGCAGCAGAAGGCCGAGAAAAGCAACUACCACCAUUUCCAUGCUUUAACCACUUUGCGACGACACAAAACCAUGAAGAACGGUGACUUCCUGCACCGAACUAUCGGAAGUAAUGUUUACGCUCUGCUAAGGGAACUUCGAGGUGAGGAUUCCUUCCUAACUGUUCUAAAUAUGGGGGACAAACAAUAUGAGGCGGAUCUAGGAGAUUUCGUGAAUCUCCCAGAGAAGCUGACUGUUGAAGUGGCGCAAUCAAGCUCUAAACUCAAAGCUGGAGAUGUAGUGGAAAUCAGCAAAGUCUCUCUGGGACCUUACGACUCCGUUGUGUUGAGAGCCUCAUCAGCGACGACGAUUCAGCUUUCAAUAGCUGCAGUUAUGGCUCUUAUCGUUAAGUACCUCUUGGUUUAGGAAUAGAUAGCACGUAUCUAAAUUCCACUAAAAUGUUUGAUUGCUGAUGGUACAUGACGCCUAUCGUUAUCGAUCAAUUGAAAUAAAUUGAUUUACUGUUGGCUUCCAACGGUUGACAAAUGUA